AUGGAGGGUAGUCUUGAAGCAAGGAUCUCCGAUGUCUUAAGAAACAAAUUCCACCCGUCCGACCUAGAUGUCAAGAACACCACCAGAGAUCACAUGAUGCAUGGAAAUGCAGGAUAUGGGGUGAAUCUGGAGACCCACUUUUAUGUCAGGAUAAAGUCUGCUGCAUUCAACGGAAUGGUAAGUGCAAGCCUUCUAUAA